UUACGACGUCACGGCUUCGAAUUUCAGAAGAAACAUUUUUUUUUCUUCUCUUUUUUUAUUUUCAAUCUCACCUCGGGAAUUUCAUUUUUUCAAGAGAUGACAUUUCUAAUUUUGAAAACCUUAUCCCCUCCACCACCACCACCACCGCCAUUAUUUUCCUUAAACCCUAGAAAUCUCACCUCCUCCUCCUCCUCCCUCCUCCACUGUUCAAAUCCGAGCCACCUGACCUUAGAGACCAACAUCGCCACUUCAGAAUCCCAAAAAGAGACAGAAAGAGGAUUAGAAUUUGAACCAGGAGACUCAUUUUUCCGCCAUGAAAGCGCAAUCGGCCGUGACCUCGGCGCACUCGCUGCUUCGCUGUAUAAGAAAUCCAAAGGGAGCUUACGAGUGCUUGAUGCAAUGUGUGGCUGUGGUGUAAGGUCUCUUCGUUAUCUAGUUCAAUCUGAAGCUGAUUUUGUUUGGGCAAAUGAUGGUAAUGAGGAUUAUAAUAAAACAAUCAUUUCAAAUUUAUCAACAUUUAGGGUUCAUGAUGAAGCCGAGGAGAAGAAGAAGAAAUGGGUUGUGACACAUUCAGAUGCUAAUAGAGUUAUGACUGAAUGUUAUUUGAAUAGAGAUUAUUUUGAUCUUAUUGAUAUUGAUUCGUUUGGGAGUGAAUCGACUUUUAUACGGUCGGCGUACGAUGCUUUGAAAUUGGAUGGAUUGCUAUAUCUUACGUCGACGGAUGGGUAUUCUUCCGGUGGACAUCGGCCUCACCAUUCGUUAGCUUCAUAUGGAGCAUUUGUUCGCCCUAUGCCGUUUUCGAAUGAGGUUGGUUUGCGAAUGCUUAUAGGUGGAGCAGUACGUGAGGCUUCUGUGUUGGGUUUCCGUGUCACACCACUUUUCUCAUAUUAUUCCUACCAUGGACCUGUUUUCAGAGUCAUGCUCCAAGUUAACCGGGGAAAAGUUCCAGAGAGCAGGAAUUAUGGUUUCAUUAGCUACUGCACUCAAUGUGGGAGCUCCCAAGAAAUUUCAUGGCACGGGCUUGGGAGGAUAUCCUGCCCUUGCAGCAAUGGAGAGGUCUCCUCUUCACUUGUCGUGUCAGGCCCUCUUUGGACUGGACCACUUCAUGACACAGCGUAUGUCAAGGAAAUGUUAAAUCUAGCACAAGAAUGGGAAUGGGCAGGCAGCGGUAGCAAGGGACCCGAUAUUGAGAAGCUUUUAACUCAGAUGGUAGAUGAAAGUGAUCCCAAGUUACCCUUUGGGUAUAUCAAACUUGACGAGGUAGCAAGUCGGGCGAAAGUUAACUCACCUCCCCUUAGAAGCAUGAUGAGCAGUAUACUAGAGGAGGGAUAUGCUGUUAGCAGGUCUCACAUUGCUUCUAAUGCAAUCAAGACAAAUUGCCCGAUGUCACUGUGUAUUCAGAUAGCAAAAAAUCUCCAACAGAGCUGAUGAAAUAUUCAACUGUAUUGUGUCUUCACUCUGGCUUGCCCCUUGCAGUUUUUCCUGGCCAGCAAUGUAUUUUUGACCUAUAUACCAGGCACGACAGUCGCAAGAAAAUGUAUACAAAAAGCUGAAUUUUGAUGUGCAUGAUGAGUGUAUAUUCGAUAGUUCAGAGAGGGGUUUUUGGUCUACGCAACUUCAUUAAAAAUUCAGUCUGGCAAGUUUCUGGCAAAUGACAGAAGCAAGCCCUGUUUUACCAAGAUGUAGGCAAUGAAACAUCUUCUAUCAUCUCUACUGAGACCAAGAACUUAAGUUCAGGCCAUCCUCCUCCUGUCAAUUACUGCACCUUCAGGUAACUCAUAACAGGUUACCCCAUGGCCGUGCCUAUAGGUUGCAUACCUAGUACGAUAUGGCACAGACAACAGGAGAAAAAAAAUAAAUUAAUUGAACAUCAAGUGAUUCUUUACUUCA